AUGUUUCAAUCAAUUAUACUUUAUUUUUCAUAAAUGCAUACACUUUUACAAGUUGUAAUCAUUAUUUAGAUUAUAGUGGAGCAAACUUGUGACAUGAAUUUGUUUUUCUUCCACAACUAGUGUAUAUGAUAACAGAAUAAAAUGUGACGUUUAUAAUAGUUCUUAAUAAAUUAAAUAGUUCACGAUCUGACAUGUUGUUUUAUAAUUCGAGUAUCUGUUAUUGUUAGUAAACACAUUUAACAUGACUGCUACACCAGUUUUAGUUGAUGGUUGGAGAUUAAAUAAAAUUCUUGGUACUGGAGGAUUUGGUAUUGUUGAACUUUGGGUUCACACAAGUGAUAAAAAACUUGCAAUCAAGAAAUGUAAAUGGAAUAUCGAACAUUUAUCAGUUUCACAACAAAACAGAUGGGUCAAGGAAGUAGAGAUAAUGAAACACUUGAAUCAUAAAAAUAUUAUAAAAUCAUUAGAGUUACCAUUUAGAUAUCCAGAUGAAAAUAUAAAGUUGCCAAUAUUAUGCAUGGAAUUUUGUCGGAAAGGUGAUCUUAGAAAGGUUUUAAAUAAUAUAGAAAAUUGCUGUGGUAUUAGCGAAAAAGAAGCAAUUAAUGUAAUGAAGGAUAUUUCUUCAGCUGUAGAAUAUUUACAUUCUAAAAAUAUUACACAUCGUGACUUGAAACCUGAAAAUAUAGUUUUGCAAGAUGAACAUGAUAAUAUUUCAUACAAAUUAAUAGAUCUUGGAUAUGCAAAAGAACUUGGUGAAGCUAGUAUAUCUGCAUCUAUUGUAGGCACAUUAAAUUAUGUAGCUCCAGAGCUCCUUUGGAAACAGAAAUAUAGUUGUUCUGUGGAUUAUUGGAGUUUAGGCAUUUUUUUCUAUGAACUUGUCACUGGUACAAGACCAUUUUUCCCAAAGAUGCAACAUACUAUGAUGUGGAUGCAAUAUAUUAAAAAUAAAAGUGAUAAUGACAUUUGUGCCUUUGAGUCGGAUGGAAAAGUAGUUUUUAGUGAAAAUAUUACUGAUCUUACUAAACUGUCAAGAUGCCUCAAAAAUAAACUGGUAGAGUGGUUUAGAGUGGUGUUACAAUGGGAUCCAAGGAAAAGAGGAAAACAGUGUGAUGAAAAUGGAGAGAUGCAACUCGUAGUAUUUAAAUUACUUAAUACCAUUUUAUCCAAACAGAUAGUAUAUGUAUUUUCCGCAUCGAGAUAUAAACUUAAUGCAUAUGAAGUAGCUGACAGUACUACUGUCAUGGAUAUUCAAUCUAUGAUUGAAAAAGAUGAUAAUAUACCAGUAAAUCAACAAAUUUUAACAAAUUACUUUGGUAAAGUUCUCAUAAAUGGGACAUCAGUUUUGUCUCAAAUUUCCAAGGAUCCAGUUAUGUUUGUCUUUGAAAGUGGAAGUACUUUGAUGGGAAAUACACAUGUACCAGAUAUUCCUAUAUUAGUUCAGAAAAUGAUAGAAUUAUCGAGAGAUCAAUUGGAUUUUGAAACAUUGAAAGAUUAUUAUCGCGCAGCAAUAUUUUUUACCUCGCAAGAAGUACAUCUGUUUCAACUAUAUAUUUUUGCUUUGACUAUAAAAGUGGAUUUAUUAGUUUCAAGACAUAAUAUAUUCGAUAAAAACAUAACAAAUGCAUUAACAAGUAUAAAUGCUCUUUUGAGGGAAUUAUCCACAAUUCGUACAGAAUGGGAAAGGGAAUUCGUAAAUAAAAAAAAGAUAGAGGCUUUAGAAAUUAAAUUUGAAAAAAUUACUAAACUUGCUAAGGCUACUGAUCAAAUCAAAUUAAAAUUCAAUCCGUUAAUACGAGAAAGUAAUGAAUUAAAAAAUAAAGCUGAGAGUAUUGAUUGUGUUAAAAAUGUAUCGCAAUUGUACGACAAGGCAGUCAAAAUAUUUGAGCAGUGUAAGAAUGAAAAAUCUCAUAAAGGUGUAAGACCAACAGAAAUGGUAAAAUUAAUCUUUGAAUUUUUAAAAGUACUAGAAGCACAAUUUAAUAAUGAAAAUAUUUCUGAGAUAAUAAAACGCAUGGCAAAAUUAGAAGUUGAAUUGUUAACAUUGGAAAGAAUUUUUGAUUCGGUCGCAGUUAUGACGACAGUAUAUCACGAAAAACUUCAAAAUGUAACAAACUGCACUUUUAGUAAUAUACCUCACAUUUCUAACAAGGAAGCAUACUUAAACACAUCCGUUGCCGUACACAAUGAAAUGCUAACUACUUUGGGUAAUAAUGAUAUCAAAAUGUCGAAUGAAUUAACUGAUAAGCAGCUUUCAAAUGUUCCUGUUGUUAAACCUAAUGAAACUACAGAUGAAGAAAAUGAUUUAAUAUAUGACAAUUUAGUGUUACGUCAUACAUUAAAUCACUUUUUGAUAGAGUUACAAAAGAAAUACAUGGAGGUGGUUAGUUUAGAGCUGUGAUAACAAUGUCAAAAAUUCAUUAAUCAAUAUUUUCAGUAUAUGUUGGUAUGUUUAGUUGCCUUGGAAUAUAAUAUCGUACACCCCACUUGAUAUUCGCAUGUUUAUCUGUUUUAAGAAAUGUGUAAGUGGGUCCAUUCAUACUACUCUUCUGUUUCAUUUUCCACCGAGUAUCAUUAGAUGAGGUUAAGGAAUCUGCGGAAGAUUGUAAUUUUUGAGGUUAGAUUACAAAUUUAAUUCUUUCUUUGUUGUGUAUAUAUAUAGAUCUAAAUGUAUAUAUACAAAUACAUGUGUGAUAUGUACAAUUAAAGUAUAGUUAUAGCAUUUGUCAGUCUUGAUUUACUGUUGUAUUCUUAAUAAACUGUAAAUAAUAUAUCGAGGGUGUCAUAUUAUAUAGAAAGGCAUGCGAAUAGCUUUUAAUUUAUACGCAUUAUGUAAAGGUGCUUUUCUAGAUUGACACUCUUGAUAUGUCUCAGAAAAAUACAUGUAAAAUAUCGAAUACAAAGAAUAUAUUUUAGAUAUUACUGAACUUACCUCCUUUAGAAAUAGCACUGAAUACGAUGUAUAGGAACAAAUAUAUGAACAUACGUUUGUUUAGUAUCUAUAACAAAAUUUAUUAGUAACGCGUAGUUACGAGAAUGUAUAUAUAUGUAUUACUACUUUUUAUAUAAAGUAUACUUACAAAAUAAACGAUCGAUAUUUUAAGAUUCA